GGCGCUCUGCGUGGAUGUGGACUCUCUGGUCCGCAUCACGUCUACUCUCCCGUCCCAACUGACGUUGGGCAAAGAUGGCGGCCGGAACAAGCAAUUACUGGGAAGAUCUCAGGAAACAAGCUCGACAGCUGGAAAAUGAACUUGACCUGAAACUAGUUUCCUUCAGUAAACUGUGUACAAGCUACAGUCACAGCAGCACCCGAGAUGGAAGACGCGACAGGUAUAGUUCUGACACAACACCCCUACUAAAUGGAUCAAGCCAAGACAGAAUGUUUGAGACAAUGGCAAUUGAAAUUGAACAGCUUUUGGCUAGGCUUACAGGAGUAAAUGAUAAAAUGGCAGAAUAUACCAACAGUGCGGGCGUCCCCUCGUUGAAUGCAGCACUGAUGCAUACGUUGCAGCGACAUAGAGACAUAUUGCAGGAUUAUACACAUGAAUUCCAUAAAACCAAAGCAAACUUUACGGCAAUACGGGAAAGGGAGAAUCUCAUGGGAUCAGUACGAAAAGAUAUUGAGUCAUAUAAAAGUGGAUCUGGAGUAAAUAACAGGAGAACUGAACUGUUUUUGAAAGAACAUGACCACCUUCGAAACUCAGAUCGCCUGAUAGAAGAAACAAUAAGCAUUGCUAUGGCAACAAAAGAAAAUAUGACUUCACAGAGAGGCAUGCUCAAAUCAAUUCACAGCAAAAUGAACACUUUGGCCAACCGCUUUCCUGCUGUGAACAGUCUGAUCCAGAGGAUCAACCUUAGGAAGCGUCGAGACUCACUCAUCCUUGGCGGCGUCAUUGGCAUCUGUACCAUCCUGUUGCUGCUCUACGCUUUCCACUGAUCGGACGUCUCCAGGGACUCGGCAACCACCACCUUCAUGUCCCAAUCUGGAAUAAGGAAAGUGGGAAGGAGAAGCUGACUGCCCUGAUCUUGAGCCUACCAACCAGAUGAAUUCAAACUGAAUUGGCUCUGACCUUGUUGGAUUGAGCUGGAGCCACAGUUUUUCUGUGCUAUCUUUUCUAACAUACAUUAUUCUGUUUUUAAUUUAAAAAAAGGAAACAAACAACAGCAAAAAGGCUUUCAGUUGCUUUUGUCUCCAUAGGAGGUAAGUGAGCAGUCAGGCAGAGCCACAGCUUCGCCAUGUUGAGGCUGGCGAGCAGCAGGCCUCUCAGACGGACUCCUCACCACAGUGCCAGGCACUCUACAUCCAAAGACUGCUUUGCUUUCAGCCACAGGGUUGAGUGUGAAUAAAAACAGUUCUUGUCCUUUUAUUUAACACAUGGUGAGGAAUCAGAUGUCCCUUCCUGGUGAUCUGUGCUGUAGAUUUCUAUUCUGUGUCCCUAAUUCUUGGCGAUCAAGAAAAAUUCCAUUUUUCACUGAUUCUUUAAGAUGCUAAUAGACUAACUUCAUCAUGUUUGAGGUUGUCUGAAUUGUAGAACACUGCAAAAAGGAGUUUGUCUUUUUCUCUUUUAAUUGUGAGUGCACUGAGGUUGACUCUACUGCUAGAAAUGCAUUGGGAACAGCAAGCCUUGUGUCAAGGAACUAGUCAUUGUUUUGAUUUUGUUGUUUCUUCCAUUGGAUUGAUAUUUGUCCUACAGAUGAACUCUCACCGUGACAAAAGAAGUAGCCAGCUAGUGUCUGUCAGUGCCCCUAACUGUCCACCACUGUGUGAAGAUGAACAAUGGUAACUGAGGGAGGGGACGGUGAUUUUCAGUGUGAUCUGUUCACCAAGCUACCUGUGAAAGACGUUCAGGACUCACUCUCCAGGUAGCUCCAUUUGUAGGUACUCCAAAACUUAGAGCAAAAGUUUAGCAACCAUUGCCUGGUGCACCAGGAAUUCUGUGUUCUGUGCAAAUCUAUUCAUUCCAAAUCUGUUAUGGUUUUCUGAACCUCCAGAUGAUGGUUUCACUGGUGAAGGUGCCUGUGACUGAGUCUGUGUCUGCCUGCACCUGUCUUCUGUUGCUGUGCCUGGACAGUGACAGAACUGCAAACACCCACCAAAAUUAUUUUCAUGUUUAGCCGUUUCUCUCUCUGUAAAUUGUCUUACAUGGGCGUGGUGGUGCACACCUUUAAUCCCAGCACUCGAGAGGCAGAGGCAGGUGGAUCUCUGUGAGUUCAAGAUCAGCCUGAUCUACAUAGCGAGUUCCAGGCCAGCUGGGGCUACAGGGAAACCCUGUCUCAGUAAGACCAAAAAAAAAAAAUUGUCUUACUGAACUGCCAUAUACUUUAAAGGCAUCCAACAUCUGUGCUCACCAAGAGAGAAAGCUGCUGUUCCCCAUUGGCAUGUGCUCUGACAGUGCCACAGGGAACGAAAGGAUUUUAGCAUGUAGUUCUUCACUCUGUCCUGCUGUGGAGAUGGUCCUGUUAGCAGACUUGAUACACUGCCUCGGGGGUAGAUUGACACCCAGUCUGGGACAAAGAUUGAGAGGUUUGUCAUUCUGCUGUUAGAGUUUUACUGCAUUCUGAGUAUGAAAGGCAUUUGAUAUAUUUUUCUUAAUUAUGGGGUUUAUUUUUCUAAAUAUGGGUUGCUUGAUCAGUUUGUUGACUGGAGAUGCCCUUAAAAGGAAGUUUUUCCCACUGUGAACCUUAAAGAAUCAGGGAAGUUCGUUCAUUUAUCAGUUCUCUUUUGGAGAACAAAACUCUCCUCUGAUGCUUUAUUAUCUUUGAUUUUUCAAAGGGCCUUGAUUGGUGGUUGUGUCUCAGCUAGACUUUAUGGGACUUUGGUUGUUAUAUAGCGGGCAUAUAUAAAA